GGCAGGCGGAAGCACCAGUCAGGAUCAAGUCGACUUCCGACCCCCAAACUCAGCACGGACGACAUGGGUCUACAAGCCCAAUGAACAGACCUGAUCUCAGCUUCAAACUUGGGAUCAGUACGGAGUACCGGACUGGGCAGUACUGACGACCAAUCAGUGUAGGCCACGUCACAGUAUCUGUGUAACAAUCAGGCUGCGCGUCCAUAAAGGAAGAAUGUGAACAUUUCAAGAGGGGGAUACUCUUCCAUUUUUCGCUGGACAUUCGUCACUUCAAAGGCUAUCGAUCAUGAGUCAAACUCUUACACACAGCACGCGCUGCCCAAAUUGCAGCAAGAUAACAUUUUCCGACUUUAGAUGUGGUGGCCUGGUAGAGCUGCAGCCUUCUUUCACGGCCUUGAAGGAGUCUGCACAAUCAGGCUGUGAUCUCUGCCAUCUGGCUUACACUGGCCUCACAGCCGGAAAACGGGCAGCUGAGAUCUCAAAAUGGGAGAAUUCAGUGCGGAAAACAGUCAUUUCUCUGCGUGGACUCAUCUACGACAACCAACCCUGGGAAAUAUGCUCUAAAAAGGCCGAAACAGUCCCAGUAACAAUUGGCACAGAACUCGCAGGCCAGAUUUCUUCUUUUGUACGCUACUGAAGGAACUCCACCUGCAAAAUAUAUCGUUGGACGACAGCCAUCUCCGACGCCGCUCGAUCCCCUUUGGUUAUCUGCAAUCAGGCGAUGGCUCACAACGUGUGACGAUGAGCAUGAGAAUUGCCGUGGCUCGUUUGACGACCCUCCCCUUCCGACACGAGUGCUCGAUAUUGAAGGGACGAACCCCACCGUGCUCGUCGCGGCAGGAUUAAAGGGUCGAUACGUGGCUCCAUCAUAUUGCUGGGGCGCAAGUGGCAAGAAUAUUCGGCUCACUAAAAAGACAUCCCCUCAGGGCACUGCAGCGACCUAUGACGAGUUUACGUCAAAGGGCGUGAAUUUCAACAGCCUUGCAAAAACCGUUCGAGAUGCCAUAACGGUGUGCAAGAACUUGGAUAUCAAGUACCUCUGGAUUGACGCCCUGUGCAUCAUUCAAGACGAUGACGACUCCAUGGACUUCCAUCUCGAGGCACCUCGAAUGUGUGAAUACUACAGCAACUCCUAUUUCACCCUUGUCGCGGGCUCAGCUCAAGACUGCGCAGACGGGUUCUUGAAUGAUGUCCCCAGGCACAAGCACCUCCAUGUGAACUGGAGUACGAUCGGAAGAGCCUACCCGGACUUCCGGAGCCCGACAUUACCGGAGUGGUCU